UUAGACUUUAAGUGCAGUUAAAUUGCACUGACUGCAAUCUUUUUUCCCGUUAGGGUGGUAACUCGCCUGGUCCCAUUCCAAACUACUGAUCCACUCUCCACACUUUCCAGUUCUCUUGUACUUUCCGCAUUUAUAAACACAGUGUAGAGAGAAUCUCUGGUCACCAAGUUCAUCUCCUUCACACAGUGAAAAGUUCACCUUCAUGUUACGAACAAACAGUCGGGGAUAGCAGUGACCAAACAAGUAAAUCUGCUCAAAUUAAAAAACAUUUCUCAUUCUGGCCCGGAACCAAUGCCAUGUGUCACGCACGUGUCGUCCGGUUCCUGGAAACGAGCAUUAACCCUCUCCCGUCCAAAGCCUCCUUUUCCCGUUUAGAAACAAAUAAGACAAAAACAAUUCAUCUUAAGAUAAUAUUGUUAAAUAAGAUUCCAAUAUGCCUAACAUCUUCAAUAAUAAGUCAUUCUGGUCUUGAACAAUGCUACAAAUAAAUAGGCCUCGUGGGUUAUGGGCUGGGGGUGUAUAUAUUGAGCAGCAACAGUGUGAUGUUUACCACUUCUCUUAUCGGUGUUAUUGGACUGAGGGUCGAGACAACUUUUUCGAAACUAACGCCAUUUCCGGAUUCACACUCCCUCAUUCACCCCGGGUUUUCGCCGCGGCCAGAAUCCAUGUUGUUUCUGUCUCUCUCCCACAGCGACGGAGCUCGUGAGCGGCCCGUCCAAUAACCCUUCACGUUACUGGGACCUGUGUGUCUGAGAGUCGAGAGUGUGUUUGUAUUCAACCCCCCCCCUCCACCCCACCCCCCCAAAAAAGAAGAUGGCAGACUUUCGGGACGACACGGGAGCUCAAGCCCUACUGGCCUUGCAAUCUGCCCCGUGCAGCCCUGUUCGAGUCGGGGUGACCUCACCCGCAUACCCUCCCAAUUUCACCUUCUCGGGCUCUUCGGUGCUGAGUCGGGGCUGCGCGAUGCCUCCUCGCCUCGAGUCUCCUCCUCGGGCCCUGGCCAGGCUCGAAGGCCGGGACUUUGAUUUCGUCAUGAGGCAGCGGACGGUGACCGUAGGCCGUAACUCGUCGCACGGCUCCGUGGAUAUAAACAUGGGUCACUCGAGCUUCAUCUCUCGGCGGCACCUCCAGAUCACCUUCGAGGAGCCGUGCGGGUUUUCGCUGCGCUGCCUCGGGAAGAACGGCGUGUUCGUGGACGGCGUGUUUCAGAGGAGAGGCGCGCCUCCCCUGCAGCUGCCCCGGGAAUGUGUGUUCAGGUUCCCCAGUACAGUGAUCAAAAUCCAGUUCUCCUCUCUGUUGUCUGGGGAGGAGUCGAGAGAGGAGGAGCAGCGGUCUCCCCCGCCCCGCCUCACCCUCCUCCCACACAUCUCCCCCCUCAAGAUCAGCAUUCCCACAAUGCACCACGAGGACCUGCGACACCUGGUCAGCCCGCUACCCUCUCCGACAGGGACCCUCAGUGUUCCUAACUCGUGCCCGGCCAGUCCGAGGGGUGCGGGGUCAUCGGGUUAUCGCUACGGACGCAACGUGACAUCUGACCUCCAGCUGGCUGCGGAGUUCGCUGCCAAGGCUGUCUCCGAGCAACAGCGGGGCGUUGCCGAGCAACACGGAGAGUCCGGCGGUGGAGACAGCCCCAAGGAUGAAUCUAAGCCUCCCUACUCGUACGCCCAGUUGAUAGUCCAGGCCAUCUCUUCAGCACCAGACAGACAGCUGACCCUGUCUGGAAUCUACACACACAUCACCAAACACUACCCCUACUAUCGCACUGCAGACAAGGGCUGGCAGAACUCGAUCCGCCACAACCUGUCUCUGAACCGUUACUUCCUGAAGGUGGCUCGUAGCCAGGAGGAGCCUGGGAAAGGUAGUUUCUGGCGCGUGGACUCGGCCUCCGAGGGCAAGCUGGUGGAACAAGCCUUCAGGAAGAGACGGCAGAGGGGCGUGGCCUGCUUCCGCACGCCGUUCGGACCGCUCUCGUCCAGGAGUGCCCCAGCCUCCCCCACCCACCAGGGUCUCCUCUCCCCUCCCUCCAGUGGUCUUCAGACCCCAGAGUGUCUAUCUAGAGAGGGAUCUCCUCUGUCUCACCACCACGACCUCGCUCACAAACUGGCCUCCGUACCAGAGUACAGAUAUACACAGAGCGCCCCAGGUUCUCCAGUACAUGGCCAGCCUGUGAUCAUGGCCGCCCCGCCCCACCCCCUGCCCUCGGGGAUGGGUAAACCCCUGGCCUUGUUCUCGGGCCCCGGAGUCGCUGGGGGACAGACCCUCCACAUGCUGCAGAGCCCCCCCAACACCCUCACCAUGCUCCGUCUGGUCACCACGGCUACGGCCUCCCACCCCCCAAACGGGUACAUCCUCACCCCUGGCGGGGGCCAGAGUCGUGUUAAUACCGGCGCUGGCCAGCAGGGAGCAGAAGGCACCGGCGAGCAGAGAGACUCGCAGCAGCAGAACAGGGAGCGAGUGAUCCAGUCGUUGGAGGGAGCUCAACAGGGGGGUCAGGGGUCAGAGGGGCGUGGCCUAUCUCUGGGGCUGCACCAACUUCCUGUCCGCCCUGUCACUCAGAACGGCAAGCACACCGCCGUCGCCACGGCUACCGGCGUCGCCAACGCUUACGCUCUGACCAGUCCUCUCCAGAUCCUGGCAGCCCAGGCCUCCAGCUCCCCCCCAGUCCUGGUGAGCAGACAGCCCAGCGCGGGGCCUGAUGUUGGGCCGGAGGUGCCAGGCGACCCCCAGGCUAAGAGGCCUAAGAUGGAGGAGGACGAGGCGGCUCCUCCCCCCAUUCAGCAGCCAGUCAUCGUGGCCAUGAGUUCUCAGCCACACGACAACAGAAAGUAGAACUGCUGAACUCUAACCCCCUGACCUGGUGUCUAGAGGAGGAGGAGCCUCUCUGGGUGAACCAUCUCACCAGUCUGACCCCUGGGUCCCAGUGUCUGCUGGUUCACCCCCUGACCUGGUGUCUAGAGGAGGAGGAGGAG